AGGACUUCCAGCUGGAAUCGCUCUUAAUGUACGGCAGGGUUUGCGGCCUGACACCCGUCGCUGCUACAGCUAUAAAGGGAGGGCGCGAAACAAGAGCAGCACAGAUCAGCUGAGCUCAGUCCUGAGACACUCACCCAACGCCUCAAAAUGAAGUUUAUUUACGUGGCCCUUGCCGUCCUCGUGGCGCUCGCAGCGGUUUUCAGCUCCGUCGGUGCUGCGCCGGAGCCCAAGAAGGGCGGCUUCAAGAAGGGCGGCUUCAGAGGAGGUUUCGGGGGCCAUGCAGCGCGUCCCGUCUUUGUGCGGCCGGUGCAUGUGGUGCAGCACGUGCCCGUGGUGCAGCACGUGCCCGUCGUGAAGCACGUGCCCGUCGUGAAGCACGUGCCCGUGGUCAACCACGGUGGCUACGGCGGCCACGGCCACGGCGGCUUCGGCCACGGCGGCUUCGGCCACGGCGGCUACGGCGGCCACUGGUAGACGACGACUGUGCAUUCCCGCGGGGAAGGAAGAUUGCCAAGGUUCUUCGGAUAUUCUUCAUCCUUGUCAACGCCAUCCGCUGAUACGACAGCUUUCUGCCUUUCUCUGCCUCACUAUUUUCCUAUACGACUCAUCCUGUUCUCCUUUUGUACUUUUAUAUUUUCCAAUAAAACUUGUACAAAUGUU